AUGAAUAUUCAUGUGAAGGUUGUCAUUCAAGAUUCUGUGGUACAGUCUUACAAGGUGAACUCUAGAGGGUUGGAAGUUUUCUCAAAAAGUUGGCUCCCAGAGACCCGUCCCCCCAAAGCAGUGAUUUGUUUUUGUCAUGGUUAUGGAGACACCUGCUCAUUUUUCUUUGAAGGAAUCGCUAGGAAAUUAGCAUCAUCGGGAUAUGGAAUUUUUGCAAUGGAUUAUCCAGGAUAUGGUCUUUCAGAAGGUCUUCAUGGCUAUACUCCAAGCUUUGACCAGCUGGUCGAUGAUGUCAUUGAGCAUUACUCAAAAGUUAAAGAGAUCCCAGAGUUCUGUAGUCUCCCAAGCUUCCUGUUCGGACAGUCUAUGGGUGGGGCGGUAGCUCUGAAGGUUCACCUGAAGCAUCCUGAUGCAUGGAAUGGUGCCAUUCUUGUUGCACCUAUGUGCAAAGUAUACUUCUCUACUUGA